AUGGGCAACAAAAGAGUUGGUAUGGUGUGCUACGCCGAUGAUGCAGCAGUCAUCGCCGAAUCAGAAAACGACCUACAGAGAGAACUCUUCCAGUUUUUCUUGAUAAGCCGCCAACUCAAUAUGAACAUUUCUAUCAGCAAAACCAAAUGUAUGACAAUCGCGAAGGAUCCGCUCAGAUGUAAGCUGGUGGUGGAGGACAAUCCCAUAGAACAAGUGAUGCAAUUCAGAAAUCUGGGCACAGACAUAUCAAGUACCCCCGACCCAGUUAAAGACCCAAGAAGCCAGAUUAACAAAGCAUCCGCACUAUCAGGAUACCUGCGAGAUAUAGUCUGGUCCAACCCGUACAUGCGCAAAGAUAGCAAAAUUAGAAUCUACAAGACUUUUAUCAGACCCAUCAUGACGUACGGCACGGAAGUCCAAGAGGACACCAACAAGAAGAAACAAAUGCUAAGGGUGGCUGAGAUGAAAACACUAAUAGUGGGGAAAACAAGAAGAGACGGAGUAAGAAACACAGAUGUCAAAGAGCAAGCAGUGCGGGAUACAAGACAUUGUAAGAUGAGGAAGACAACGUAA